UGAUGGAUCAGCCAUCCACGUAUACUCGGCAACCAAAUUGCCGACUUUAUUCGCGCUCACUCACACUGCCGACUUCAAAUUGGUGAUAUUCGAACCACUGCCGACUUCAGAUGGGGAUUGGUGAUAUUCGGUGCGCUCGCUCCCCCAGCGUGUCCCAGGUCCCGGUCCAAACCCUCCUGUUCGGGAGGGAGAUGAUGGCGAUAACGAGCUCCCGCCCUAUUCUCUUCUCCGGCCACUCCGCCGACCAACGCACCGCCGUAAUCGGCGGCGCUGGCGGUGGAGCAUCACGAGGAGGAAGAGACGGUGGUGCCGGGGUGCUGCCCUUGCCCCUGCGGUGGCCGAAGAAGAUAACGAGUGGUUCCAAUCCCUUGGUGAAGCACUGCGUGAAGCUCCGCCUUAGCUCCUCCUAUCGCCACUCCUACGGCUUGGUCCUCGUCGUCGGCCUCACCCCCAUCCUGGAGAUAUGCAGCUUUCAAAAAUUGAAGGAUGAUGAAUCCUCUGUCCUGGAUUGUUUGCUUUUACUGGAUGGUGCUGAGAUUCCGCAAGAAAUCUUUGACCCCUCUACUUCGGUCGUGCAUGUCAGCCCAAUCGUGAUGAAAAAAUUGUCUGGUAUGCAGUCAAUCGAUUCUGUUGAAGCAAUUGCCCUGAUGAAGAUCCCUGCAAGAUUUCAUGAACUGAAUGGAGAUCAAGAAGAAAUGAUUUACCAAAAUUGGUUUCCUUCGCCUAACCGGAUAUUAGUCCUUGAUGGGAUCCAGGACCCUGGUAAUCUUGGCACACUGAUAAGAUCAGCUGUGGCUUUCAAAUGGGAUGGUGUCUUUCUGCUUCCUGGUUGCUGUGAUCCUUUCAAUGAGAAAGCCCUACGAGCAGCCCGAGGAGCUUCCUUUCAGGUCCCUGUUGUUUCUGGUAAUUGGUCUCAUCUUAAGGUUUUGAAAACCAAAUUUAAAAUGAAGAUGUUAGCUGGCCAUCCUGCGAAUGUUAGUGAUGGAUCAUUUCAAACUUCCUCGCUAUCUCGAGAACUUGCAUAUGCAUUGGCAGAUAUGCCUCUUUGCUUGGUGUUAGGCAGUGAGGGGCAUGGCCUUUCUGAGCAAACUGCGCAAGCCUGUGAGCUAGUAAGCAUUCCUAUGGAAGGUACCUUUGAGUCUCUUAAUGUUUCAGUUGCAGGAGGGAUCUUUUUGUUCAUGCUACAGCCUGAACACCUAAAAUUGCUAUAAUAUUGGACAAAUAUCUGGCUUCUCUGUGUUUA